AGACAAAAUGUGAUCAAUAUAGAAGACCACCAUUAGAUUUACAGUCGUGUCCGUUUGUACAUACAUGCAGUAUCAACAUCAACGUUAUCAAUUAUGGCAUUUCUUGCACACAAUUUUCUUGCAUUGACCAUAUUAAUAAUUGUACCAGCCAUACGGAGCGAUUCAAAUCUGGUGACAGUGACUGAAUCAAAGCCCACAAACGGAACUGAAGACUCAAUAAGCCUGGAAGAUAGGGUGGAAAAUCUCUCAUUUAACCUUCGCUUCAUGGAGGAAGUGCUGAUGAAAUGGAAGACAAAUUUCAAACUUAUUGAUGAGCGAUUCUCCAACCUGGAGAAACAAGUAGCGGAUCUGAUUUCUGAGAAAAAGUCCACAACAACGACAACCACGACAAACUCCCCAAGACAAAUUGCAGAGCCCUAAUUAUAGUCAAAGUGAAGUCUUACUAUAAUCAUGGUAAUUUAGAAUUAGCAAUACUGGCGCAUUUUAUUAAAUCUGUAUACUCAAUAAUUUAA